AUGCUGAAGGUGGUGGAAGAUCAGGGGAUUAGGUCCAUGAUUAACUUCGUAAAGAAUAAAGAUAAACUUAAACCUCUUUUAGAUUCGAGUGAUGAUGAUGAUGGCAAAAGUAAUAUUGAAUUAUUAGAACAACAAUUUAUAAGUUUACAAAUGAAAUUCAUUAGUUGUCAAUCAUUAAGGAAUCAAAUCUUUGAUAAAUUCAAACAAUUAGGAUUAUUGAAUCAAUAUGAUAAAGCGGAAGAUAAUGAUUCUACUGGAGGUCAAUCAUUCAUUCCUAAUUUAGAUGAUUUGACUAAAGUGGUUAAUCAUAAAUUACUUUCAAAAUUAGAUUAUUUAAUUCAUUUAAAUAUUCAAUAUGAAAAGAAACUCUUAACUACUCAAUCAACUAAAUUAUUCUCCACUUUAGAGAAACAUUUGAAUGAUCAGAAUAAAUUAUUAGAAAAGUUUGAAAAUUGUACUAAUUUCUCUUCUACAACAUCUUCAUCCAAGAGUAGUGGCGGAACUUCUAAAAAAGUAUCAUCAAGUACCACUACAACCACAACGAAAUUCGUUACUACAUCUACUAUGUGUACUAAAUCAAUUGAAGAAUUACAUUUCAUGAUGUUGGAAGAAAUGUUUAAAUUCACCAUGUUAGAUAAUUGUAAGAAUUGGAAUCAUCAACCGACCCUGAAUCAUCAAAUCAAUCAAGUUUCAAAUCAUAAUUAUAGAUUCCCCAAUCAAGAUAACUUAACUGAUUUAACUUCAAUUGACCAAAUCAAUAAGUUAAAUGAAGAUCAAUUAUCAGCUUAUUUCAAAUUCUAUAAAUUGAAUGAUAAAGAUUUAUCAAUCCAACAAAUGAAAGAGUAUUUACUUCAAUUCUUAGGCAUUGGAUUAUUAGCUUAA